UCAUGAACAUGUUGAGCAGAAUGGACAGACACAUAUGCAUUUAUCUGCUGAUUAUAAGCUGCUUUACACUUGUCUGCAUUAAUGGAAGACAUCAAGAUGUGUCCUCGUCCUGUGAGGUUUCAGUGAAAGUACGGAGAAAUACGAUACUGAGAUCUGCCCCAAACCAGAGUCUGACCAUCAAGUGUCCAGUCAGUCACUGUGGAGAAUCGCUGAAUGUCACCUGGUGUAAACUCGACACAGACCAAUGUGAACGACUAAAUUAUUCAGAGAAUGUGAAAAUAAGGCAGGACAAACAAGGGGAUAAACUGAUCUCAUGUCUGACUUUUGAACGGAUUUCCAUUCAUGAUGACGGCCUGUACAGAUGUGGUUUAAAUGGAUACAAAAAUGAGCUCAUCAGCCACUUGAUCAGUGUCUCAGUUUCAGAUUCACACCAAAACUUACAGAAUGUUGCAGACGCUCUCUCAAGUCCAGCUGCUGAUGUGGAUGCAUCCUGGCAGCCCUACUUCUUCAUUGUUUUUGGCGUAGGACUUCUAGUUGCUGCAAUGACGGUGUUAACGCUCCUCAGAAUUCACGGCUGGAGACGGAUACUGACAGUGAACCAGACCAAAGCACAGGAAAAGCCCUCUCACAACAUCCCCAACCUUCCUAAGGCGAGAGCACCGUCUCUUCCUGUCCCACCAUCAAACUUGUACAGUCUGGAUGAAAACUGCUCUCGAACUGCAGUACGACCAACACCACAACCUCGUCUGAUGACCAGCAUCACCCAGUUUACUGUGGUUAACCCAGAAGAUCCAAGUCAAGGGUCUCACCGUGCGGUUUACGCUGUCAUCAGCCGGCAGGCUGUGAGAGAACAGCACACGCAAAUUACAGGAAAUGAAGAAAAUGCAUAUGCUGCCAUUAGAAUGUCCUGAUUUCAUCACGGACAGUAGAUAAACACAUGCAUGGAAAAAUAAAAAUAGUCUGUGGUGGUGUCAUGGAAAAAAUUCAGUUCACAGCCUGACUGAAGAAGAGGUAGACAGAGGAGGUUUGUGGUCAUGAAGCUGUGAAGUCAAUGCAGAUUACUUGUCAGCCAAAAGCAGUAUUAUGUUUAUUCUUUUUUCCUGUAUUCCUUUUUCUUGUGUCAGUUAUUCAGAGAGGUUUUUGACACCUAAC